AUGGUCUUUCAUCUCACAGCAGAAGCAGGGGGAAAGCGCGAAAGCGAAGACCCCAACCACCACGACCCAAGUCCGUCUUCCUCUCUUUUUACGAGCCCUCAACUGAACGCUGCCCCGCGCGAGCAGUCCCGGCAGAACUCUUCUGUCACGAACAAGCAUUCACCCGUCACACCACAACCCAACCAGCUAAAACGGUCAUACGAAGCCGAGAGUCUGUCCGUAUACGUCCCAGCCAAGCCGAUUUUGAAGAGACCACGGUCAUCUGCAGACACUGCGACCGCGACGCCAGCUAGUCGAGAGACGCAGUUCGACAAUACUGAGAUUAUCUUCAAUCUUGAUUCUGUCAACCCUGGUGUUCUUCGCUGGAUUCAAGGGGAUUCUUGGCCUAAGGAAUAUUUCGAGUCAAAGACAAUGUCUCACCUCUUGAAGAAGAAGCUCGUGGCUUCCCUGCGGCGCAAACGAUCAGAAUCUAGUGUAUCCGGGGCCAGCUCGACGACACCUAGCGACCAAAAGCCGCGAGAAUUCAAAAGCGCUCCCUACCAGGAUCCGCGCUAUCUUACGCUCCUUCAAACCAAAAGGAGUUACAUGACGGAGGAUGGAGAAGGCCCUCGGACGGAGAGCAGAGCUUUUUGUCGAAGUCUACUCACACAAGACCAAGACGUCCCACCGACUUCGCGUUUCUCCGAGGGCAUCUUUCAAUUGACAUGUUCAAGGAUUAAUGGUAGAAAUGAAGCUAAAGUCAUUCAAGACAUCACGCGACUUAUAGUUCCGUCGGCAGAAGAGCUUGCUGAUUUUGGCGCCAAGAAACUAUGUUGUCUUGUUGAAAGUGUUAAUGAGGGCUGGAACAACUCUAUACCACUGACCGGAACCCGUCCUCAGCCUGACUACUCCGUCGGGUUCAAGAGAGAGGCGUUCUCCCAGGAGCAGCUUGAAAAGCUUGCCCCUUUGAUUGGCGACUUUAUCUUUGGCGACCAGUGCUACUUCAUGGCAACAUACUACAUGUACUUUCCGUUUCUGACAUGCGAAGUCAAGUGCGGCGCUGCGGGGCUCGAAAUUGCUAAUCGACAGAAUGCGCAUAGCAUGACGCUCGCGGUCAGAGCUGUAGUUGAGCUCUUCCGCCUCGUCAAACGCGAGAAAGAGGUUGAGCGCGAGAUACUUGCCUUUUCGGUCUCGCACGACAACAAUAUAGUUCAGAUAUACGGCCACUACGCUGUCAUUGACGGAUCCAACAUUAGCUACUACCGUCAUCCUAUUUACAGCUUUGACUUUACUACUCUCGACGGCAAAGAGAGAUGGACUACGUACAAAUUCACCAAAAGCGUAUACGACACCUGGAUGCCGAUGCACUUCAAGCGAAUUUGCUCGGCAAUUGAUGAUUUGCCUGCUGGGGCCGAUUUCGAUGUCCCGCCCCUUCCACAAGAUUCUGGCCUUUGA